CAUGAGAGAAAGAGGGAGAGAGGAAAGAGCCCCCCUGCGAAAGCGUCCCAGAGAGGGAUCACAGCAGGUUUAUGGUAAUAAGUCUGCGAGGAGGAGAAGGAGGAGGCACGGAGCCAUUUUGUGCUCAUUUAAACUGUGCGUGCGUUAAGGCGGCCGCCGCGCGCUCUGGAUACACACCAUGGACACCGGGCGACUUUUCCUGCGUUAAAAACUUCACGAUGAGGCAGAAAAGUAAAACCCUGCGCUGGGAGAGGGAGAGUUAACACUUUCGUGGAGGUGUUUUGGGGGUCAAUCCUGAAUGGAACAGAGCAGGAUUCCCAGCAUGGAUCUCUGGAUUUGGAUCUGCGUCCUGUUCUGCGCGCCGCUCGCGACGUGUCUGGAGAUCCACCUUUCGAAGACCUUACAGCCCGGGACGCUCGUGGCAAACCUGUCUCUUGGCCCCGGAUGGACAUAUAAAAUCGAUAGAAGUUUAUCUCCCAAGUUCGUUCAGAACUUCUUCCAAGUGGAGAGGCGCGGAGGUGCCGUCCGCCUGCUCCAAAAAGUUCAGUGCGCGCACGCACCGAGCAACCCGGCGCCUGUUUAUUUCCAAACAGGUUCCUUGGGUGCUGGAGACGUUAUAACAACGCGUUUUAACGUGUUUGUCCACGGCCAGGACUGCUUUAUCAAAUAUAAAAGAAGGAAAAUGAGUGAUCCCGACAUUCACCUUAAUCAUCUUUCAAAGCUUGAAACAGCUUCCUGCUUACCAGCAGGUAAAGUGCUUUUGAAUGUAAGAGAAGUUUUACCUGCUUUCACGUGGAACUUUGCCUUUUUGGACACUGUGUGUGCAGGAAAAGACUUUGCCGCAGUAUUCAGGCAUGGGCAUUUGUUCUUGGCUAAUGACUUAUGCUCAGAUGACAUUAGGCAGCCAGAGAUGAAUUUGCACUGCGUCUUACACAACUCUUCAAGACAACAGGUCUUGGUGCAUCUGACCCUGAUAUUUGUUGAAGUACCCAAACAUGUAACUUUAUCGCAAGAGGUUCAGAGAAUGGGUGGUAAAUUGGCCCGGAGAUGGAAGCGAAACGCCAACAGUCAACCGAAGUUCCAGCUCCCAAGCUAUCAGGUGUCAGUGCCUGAGAAUGAGCCAGCAGGUACCCAGGUCAUCACCCUGAAGGCAACUGACCCAAAUGACGGAGAGGCAGGGAGGCUGGAGUACACCAUUGAAGCCAUCUUUGACAGCAGGUCCAGUGACUUUUUCAGCAUCGACUCUCAGACGGGGGCCGUAACAACACUCCAGAUGCUAGAUAGAGAAGUCAAAGACACCCAUGUUUUUAAAGUCACAGUGUCUGACAAUGGCACCCCUAAAAAGUCUGAUGUUUCGUACCUCACCAUCACUGUGAGUGACACUAAUGACCAUAGCCCGGUGUUUGAGCAAACCGAAUAUCGUGUUAGCAUUCGGGAGAAUGUGGAAGUUGGCUUUGAAGUGAUGACAAUUCGGGCAACAGAUGGAGAUGCUCCUUCAAAUGCCAACAUGAUUUAUAAAAUUUUGAAUGAUGAUGGGGUUAACACUGUGUUUGAAAUUGAUCCCCGGAAUGGCCUGGUUAGAAUCAGGGAGCGGCCCGAUAGGGAGACCAUGGCCCACUACCAGCUGAUUGUUGAAGCCAAUGACCAGGGUAAAGACCCAGGUCCGCGCAGUAUUACUGCCACCGUCCAUAUCACUGUGGAGGACGAGAACGACAACUACCCACAGUUCAGUGAGAAGAAAUAUGUUGUACAAAUUCCAGAAAAUGUGGCUGUCAAUACCAAAGUGAUUCAGGUGGAGGCUACUGACAAAGAUGAAGGGAACAAUGCAAAAGUUCAGUACAGUAUCAUCAGUGGGAAUGUUCGAGGGCAGUUCUACAUCCACUCCCCCACUGGUGUAAUCGAUGUAAUCAAUCCCCUGGACUAUGAGAUGAUUCGAGAGUAUAAUUUGAGGAUCAAAGCUCAGGAUGGUGGAAGGCCUCCAUUGAUAAAUGGGACGGGGUUGGUGGUGGUGCAGGUGGUGGAUGUAAAUGACAACACCCCGAUGUUUGUUAGUACUCCUUUCCAGGCUACUGUUUUGGAAAAUGUGGCCAUUGGUUACUCUGUGAUCCACAUCCAAGCGAUUGAUAGUGAUUCAGGAGAAAAUGCCCUUUUGGAAUACCGACUAACGGAUACUACCCCCGGUUUUCCUUUUACCAUCAACAACGGCACAGGCUGGAUUACAGUGAGCACCGAGCUAGACAGGGAGACUACAGAGUUCUACACCUUUGGUGUGGAGGCCAGAGAUCACGGGAUAUCUGUGAUGUCAUCCUCGGCCAGUGUUAGCAUCACAGUGCUUGAUGUGAAUGACAAUGUGCCCACAUUCACAGAAAAGACCUAUUCGCUGAAGAUCAAUGAAGAUGCCAUGGUGGGGACGAGUGUGUUGACAGUGACGGCGGUGGAUAGAGACGUAAACAGUGUGGUGACCUAUCAGAUCUCCAGUGGUAACACUAGGAACCGCUUUGCAAUCACUAGCCAGAGCGGUGGAGGCCUCAUUACCUUAGCCCUCCCUCUGGACUAUAAACAGGAACGACAGUAUGUCCUGACUAUCACUGCAACUGAUGGAACACGACAUGACACAGCACAGGUAUUCAUCAAUGUGACGGAUGCCAACACGCAUCGCCCUGUCUUCCAAAAUGCCAAUUACCAGGCGUAUUUGAGUGAGGACCAACCUGUGGGCUCCACUGUGGUAGUAAUCAGUGCGAUCGAUGAGGACACAGGGGAAAAUGCUCGUAUCACGUAUGUCAUGGAAGACAAUGUUCCACAGUUUAAAAUAGAUCCGGAUACAGGUACCAUAACAACGCAAAUGCAGGUUGAUUAUGAAGACCAGGCCUCCUACACAUUAGCUAUCAUUGCCAGAGACAACGGCAUCCCUCAGAAAUCUGAUACCACUUACGUGGAGAUAAUUAUUCUUGAUGCCAAUGAUAAUGCCCCUCAGUUCCUCAGGGAUCUGUACCAGGGGGCUGUAUUUGAAGAUGCACCUGUCUACACCAGCGUUCUCCAGAUCUCUGCUUCGGACAGGGAUUCUGGACCAAAUGGCAGGUUGAGCUACACAUUUCAGGGCGGUGAUGACGGAGAGGGCGAUUUCUACAUCGAGAAGUACUCUGGUAUCAUCAGAACUGCUCGUAAACUGGACCGCGAGAAUGUCCCCGUUUACAACCUGAAGGCUUUUGCUGUGGAUAACGGGGUUCCUCCAAUGAAAGCGGCUGUGUCCAUUCACGUGGCAGUCCAAGACAUAAAUGACAAUCCUCCAGUGUUUGAAAAGGAUGAACUCUUCAUUAAUGUGGAGGAGAAUAGUCCAGUGGGGUCCAUUGUGGCACGGAUCUCUGCAACUGACCCAGAUGAGGGCACUAAUGCUCAGAUCAUGUACCAGAUUGUUGAAGGAAAUAGUCCAGAAGUUUUCCAAUUGGACUUUUUCAAUGGUGACCUCACCGCACUCAUAGACCUGGACUACGAGACAAGAACAGAGUAUGUUAUCGUGGUUCAGGCCACCUCGGCUCCUCUAGUGAGUCGAGCCACUGUGCACAUCCGCCUGAUUGACAUGAACGAUAAUACACCAGUGCUGCAGAACUUUGAGAUCAUCUUCAACAACUACGUCACUAACAAGUCCAACAUUUUUCCAUCUGGGAUAAUAGGGAAGGUACCGGCUCAUGACCCUGAUGUGUCGGAUAAAUUACACUAUAAGUUUGAGUCUGGAAACGACCUCAAUCUACUGCUGUUGAAUGAGAAGACUGGAGAUCUGAGGCUUAGCAGGGACUUGGAUAAUGACCGACCUUUGGAAGCACCCAUGACCAUUUCCGUCACAGAUGGCCUUCAUCGUGUCGAAGCCCUCUGUACGCUGCGUGUCACCAUCAUCACAGAUGACAUGCUGACCAACAGCAUCACAGUACGUCUGGAGAACAUGUCCCAGGAGCGCUUCCUCUCUCCACUCCUCAACCUGUUUUUAGAGGGUGUGGCCGCAGUGCUUUCCACCAAACGGGAGGAGGUCUUUGUGUUCAACAUUCAGAACGACACGGACGUGCAAGGCUCCAUCCUCAACGUCACCUUUUCAGCGCUACAGCCAGGCGGCGGCGCCGGUAAAGGGACGUUCUUCCCAUCGGAGGAGCUGCAGGAGCAGAUCUACCUCAACAGGACUCUGCUCAGGCAGAUAUCAUCUCAGGAGGUCUUACCAUUCGACGACAACAUCUGCCUGCGGGAACCCUGCGAGAACUACAUGAAAUGUGUUUCGGUGCUGAAGUUCGACAGCACGCCUCCCUUUAUCACCUCCAACACAGUUCUGUUUCGGCCCAUUCAUCCCAUUAACGGUCUACGGUGCCGCUGCCCUGUUGGGUUUACUGGGGACUACUGCGAGACUGAGAUUGACCUAUGCUACUCGGGACCAUGCAAGAACAACGGGAGGUGUCGCAGCCGAGAGGGAGGGUACACCUGCGAGUGCCUCGAAGACUUUACUGGCGAGCACUGUGAACUGAAUGCAUCGUCGGGCAGAUGUGUGCCCGGAGUGUGCAAGAAUGGCGGCAACUGUAUCAACCGUCUUGCGGGAGGUUUCAUGUGCGAGUGUCCGCCAGGAGAGUACGAGAAGCCCUAUUGUGAGAUGACCACGCGCAGCUUUCCAGGCCAGUCCUUCAUUACCUUCAGAGGCCUACGGCAGAGGUUCCACUUCACCGUCUCAUUCAUGUUUGCUACCAGAGAAAGGAAUGCUCUACUUCUCUACAACGGCAGGUUCAACGAGAAACACGACUUCAUUGCAUUGGAAAUAAUCAGUGAACAGAUUCAGCUUACGUUUUCCGGAGGAGAAACAAAGACGACCGUAUCUCCCUACAUCCUCGGCGGGGUCAGCGAUGGCCAGUGGCACUCUGUCCAGCUCCAUUACUACAAUAAGGAUGGGGGGAGUCUGAUGGACUCCAGUGGGGCUCUUCGGCUCCCGCUGUAUACUGCCUGGCUGGAGCUCAAUCAGAAGGAGCCAAACGUCGGGCGUCUUGGCAUUCCCCAUGGACCAUCAGGAGAAAAGGUGGCUGUGGUUGCUGUGGACGACUGUGACAUUUCCAUGGCAAUACGCUUUGGAAAGCAGAUUGGAAACUACUCCUGCUCUGCCCAGGGCACUCAGACCGGACAGAAGAAGUCACUGGACUUAACCGGACCGCUGUUGCUCGGCGGGGUUCCGAACCUGCCUGAGGACUUCCCGGUCAGGAACAGAGACUUCGUGGGCUGCAUGAGAAACCUCAGCAUCGACAGCAAGUCUGUCGACAUGGCUAGCUACAUCGCCAACAAUGGCACCACUGCAGGUUGUCCAGCAAAGCAGAACUUCUGCACAAAUAAUUUGUGUCAGAAUGGAGGAGUGUGUGUCAGCAAGUGGAACACGUACAACUGUGACUGCCCAACUGGAUACGGUGGCAAAAACUGUGACCAAGUCAUGCCGUCUCCACAGUUCUUUGAUGGCCAGGCGCUGGUCUCCUGGAGAGAUCUGGACAUUACCGUCACUGUACCCUGGUACAUGGGCCUGAUGUUCCGCACCAGGCAGCCUGCCGGCACACUGAUGCAGGCUAAUGCUGGACGCUCUUCCACCAUCAGCCUCAUGGUGAGAGAGCAACAUGUCAGGAUGGAGGUGCUGCUGAGGCAGCAGCUGGUGGCAUCACUGAGCUUCCUGCAGGUGCGAGUUAAUGACGGGGAAUGGCACCACCUGCUGGUAGAGCUGAGCAGCGUGAAGGACAAUAAAGACAUCAGAUAUAUGGCGGCCGUAUCCCUGGACUACGGCAUGUACCAGAAAUCGGUGGAGAUCGGAAACGACCUGCCUGGACUGAAGCUACAAACUCUCCACGUAGGUGGUUUGCCAGGAGAAGACAACCACGUCAGCAGAGGAUUUACUGGUUGCAUCCAGGGCGUGAGAAUGGGGGAGACAUCAACCAACGUGGCCAACAUCAACAUGGCUCAGGGACUGAAGAUCCGCGUAGAGGACGGCUGCGACAUGGCCGACCCCUGUGACUCCAACAUCUGCCCUGAGAACAGCCACUGCAGCGACGACUGGAGCGCGCACACCUGCAUCUGUGAUCCAGGUUAUUUUGGGAAGGAGUGCGUGGACGCCUGUCAGCUCAACCCGUGCGAACACAUUUCCACGUGCAUCCGUAAACCCAGCUCGUCCCACGGCUACACGUGCGAAUGUGGACAGAACUACUACGGCCAGUACUGCGAAAACAAAGUGGAAAAGCCGUGUCCCCGAGGCUGGUGGGGCAACCCGAUGUGCGGACCCUGUAACUGCGACGUCGGCAGAGGAUUCAGUGCCGAAUGCAACAAAACGACCGGGGAGUGUCGCUGCAAGGACAAUUACUAUCGUCCGGACGGCGACGACACUUGCUACCCAUGUGACUGCUUCUCUCUGGGCUCAGAGUCUCGAACCUGUGACCCACAAACUGGGCAAUGCCCCUGUAAGGGAGGGGUCAUAGGUCGCCAGUGUAACCGCUGCGAUAAUCCCUUUGCCGAAGUCACCUCGAGUGGAUGUCAAGUGGUGUACGAGGUUUGUCCCAAAGCAUUUGAUGCAGGUAUUUGGUGGCCCAAAACCAAAUUCGGACGCCCAGCGGCCGUGAGCUGUCCCAAAGGAUCCGUCGGUACAGCCAUCCGACACUGCAGUGAGAAGGGCUGGUUGUCUCCUGAGCUUUUCAACUGCACCACCAUCACCUUCGCUCAUCUGAAGAAGCUGAGCAAUGACCUGCGGCAUAACAGUUCAAUAAUGGACAAGGACCACUCCAAGAAUAUUGUACGUUUGCUGCAUAGCGCAACCAACAACACCCAGCAAUACUAUGGCAACGAUGUGAAGAUGGCAGUCCAGCUUCUGAAUCAUGUGUUGCAAUAUGAGAGCAGGCAGAUGGGAUUCGACCUCACCGCCACCAAAGAUGCAGAGUUCAACGAGAACUUGGUGCGUGCAGGCAGCGCACUCUUGGAUCCUGGCACCAAGGAGCACUGGGAGCAAAUUCAGAAGGUGGAGGGUGGCACUGCCCAUCUGCUGCGUAACUUUGAGGACUACGCCAACACGCUGGCACAGAACGUCAGGAAAACCUACCUGAAACCUUUCACCAUUGUCACAGAAAACAUGAUCCUAACCGUGGACUACCUGAACAUGUCGGACCCGGAGAGGGCAUCGCUUCCUCGUUUCAAGGAGAUCAAGGAAGCUUUUUCUCAAGAGCUUAGCUCUUCCAUCUACUUCCCCCAGUUCAAACUCGGCACUAAAAGCCACAAAGCAGAGUCCAGUCCUGGUCCUACAGCCCAGACCGAUCCUCCACAGCAGGAGGAGGAGGAGGAGCACACGGUGUCUGAUAGGAAGCGGCGCCACUUAGAGCCAACAGCUCCUCUGCCGGUGGCCGUGGUGAUAGUGUACAGGUCACUGGGUCAACUCCUCCCGGAAAGAUACGACCCUGACCGCAGGAGUCUGAGGGUUCCGAACCGUCCAGUGAUCAACACAGCCAUCGUGAGUGCCACACUCCACAGCGAGGGUCCGCCUCUCCCUCCCAUCCUGGACCCUCCCAUCACGUUGGACUUUUCCCUGCUGGAGACAGAAGAGCGGACCAAACCCGUCUGCGUCUUCUGGAACCACUCCAUCUUGGCGGGAGGGCCAGGCGGCUGGUCUUCCAAAGGCUGCGAGCUACUCAACAGGAACAGCAGCCACAUCACGUGUCAGUGCAGUCACAUGACCAGCUUCGCCGUGCUCAUGGAUAUCUCCAAGAGAGAGCACGGUGACGUUCUUCCCCUGAAGAUCGUCACCUACACCACAGUAUCGGUGUCCCUGUUCCUCCUGCUCCUCACCUUCAUCCUGCUGUUCCUCUUACACCGCCUCUGCUCCAAUCUCCAUGCCAUCCACAGGAACUUGGUGGCGGCGCUCUUCUUCUCUGAGCUCGUCUUCCUGCUCGGCAUCAAUCAGACCGACAAUCCGUUCGUGUGCACAGUGAUCGCCAUCCUCUUGCAUUACUUCUACAUGUGCACGUUUGCCUGGAUGUUCGUGGAGGGGCUGCACAUCUACCGCAUGCUGACCGAGCUGCGGAACAUCAACCACGGCCACAUGAGGUUCUACUACGCCAUGGGCUGGGGCAUCCCAGCGGUUAUCACCGGUCUGGCAGUUGGCCUUGAUCCUCAGGGCUACGGGAAUCCAGACUUCUGCUGGCUGUCGGUCCAUGACACUCUAAUCUGGAGCUUCACAGGACCCAUCUUUGUAGUCGUUCUGGUGAACAUCGUCAUUUUCAUACUGGCUGCAAAGGCUUCUUGUGGUCGCAGGCAGAAAGCUGUGGAUAAGUCGGGCGCCGUUUCUGCAUUACGUAUGGCCUUCCUCAUGCUGCUGCUCAUCAGCGCCACCUGGCUGCUCGGUCUAAUGGCAGUCAACAGCGACGUGAUGAUCUUUCAUUACCUGUUCGCCGUCUUCAGCUGCCUGCAGGGCAUCUUCAUCUUUUUCUUCCACAUCGUCUUCAACAAAGAAGCGAGGAAAAACCUGAAGAACGUCUUCACAGGAAAGAAGAGUAUUCCAGACGAGGCCAGCACGAGGGCGUCUCUUCUCACUCGUUCUCUCAACUGUAACAACACGUACACAGAAGACGGCCCGCUGUACCGCUCCAACAUCGGUGAAUCCACCGUGUCCCUGGACAGCACACUCAGGUCAGCCAAGAGCCGCAGCAGCUACCUGGCUUACACACUCAGGGAGGAGUCCGGUCAGAAGCCCAGCGUUUCUUCAGCAACGGCUAAAGGACACACGGACCUGGAUGGACCUCUGUUCCACAGAAAUGGCACCAAGGGAGAUGACUCAGAUUCUGAUAGUGAGCUCUCAGAUGAACACAGCUCCUCCUACGCCUCCUCUCACUCCUCCGAUAGCGAGGAUGAAGAUGUUGACAUCAAGCCCAAGUGGAACAAUGAGAGGCCCCUUCACAGUACGCCUAAAGCGGACUCGCUGUCCAAUCACAUGAAGCCUUACUGGCCAACAGAUGCCAUCACAGCCAGUGACAGUGAAGAUCCUGGAGGGGCGGAGCGGUUAAGAGUGGAGACCAAGGUGAAUGUGGAGUUGCACCCUGAAAACAAGCUCAGCCAAAUGUGUGAAAAGGAGAAGGAGAACCCCCAGGAGAGAAACAGACAGACUCCCUCUAAAGACACCGCACCCCCUAGCCAACCCAGUAGCAACACCAACCACCAACCAGAACAGCGGAAAGGUAUCUUAAAAAACAAGAUUAGCUACCCCCCUCCACUCACCGACAAGAAUAUGAAGAAUCGUCUGAGGGAGAAACUGAGUGACUACAACUCUCCGACCAUCAACAACAACAGCAGCAGCACCUCGCCGCCACCCUCCUACAACAACAUCAUGACCCCAUCUUCCCAGCCGUCUUCCCUGGCUUCCAAUGACGGAGUUCACCCCAGCAACCACGACAGCAGCUCCAUCAUCAAGCCACCCAUUGCACCGCGGCCACUGAUUCCCAACCAUCCGUCAACGCCCAUUUACUGUGAGGCCAAUGGGGACAUGGCCAUGCACUUGAAGUCGGGAACCGUCAACGGAGGCAAUGAGUCUGACUCUGAUGGCAGUAACGAGACUUCGAUCUGACCCGUUAGGAAAAUCGAAACCAGCCUGCCUUUGUGAGGAGAGGAGGGGGACGACUCUGAAGAUGGAGUGAAACGGGGGAGAAAGGUUCGUUCUCCGAGCCUCAUCCGUCCACCCACCGCGCCUCUUCUUGUUCUCCCCGGAGAGCAGUAUUACGCACGGCCCGCCAGGCUGCCUGAGAGAUAAGAUGGGAGGAAUAAUAAAGGGAACUCUACAUUGGACUCUACCAACAGAGGAUGUAAUGGAGCCAUAUGUGCCAAAACCACAAACAGACACACGUGGGGAAUCAGUAGAUGAACAAUUCCCCCAAAAGGAGCAACAUUUUCCUUUAUGAGGGGCUUGUUCGGAAACUGGCAGAAUGAGGAUAUAUUCCAUGCCAUUGACACAUGCACGUGGAUCAGGAACAAACACAUGUGGGUACAGGCUGAUUCCCAGAGGAAAAAAUGGAUUACAAAGCACCGGAAGUUCCUUGUUGGAAGGUUUGACUCAGACAUGAAGCUCAUCCAGAACAACACAACCUGUUCCCGUAGACAGGAUCAGGAUGGCAGCGUGUGUCCUCUGUUUCUGCUCCGCUAAACUAGGUAAAGGUGAAGAAAUGACUGAUUUUGUGCAUCAGAUGUAAUAAGGACUCAGUUGGGAAUGUUUUUGGACAAACCUUUUAAUCCGACUGAGAACAAUCCGAUGACGCCUUAGACCUGGACAAAUCGAGGCCUUUCGGGCAGCGGGGCACGCUCACCCGCUGCACAUUUUACUUAACGGCAAUCCUCAGCACACGGCGCACACGCGAGACGUUUGUGCUUGUGUGAGUGAGCGAGCUAGAAUGUACACAGCGGGCCUCAGUGAACACGAAUUCUCAAUUUGAGCACUAUGAACUUUAAGCCUUC